GUCAUCUAGCGAAAAGUGACGACCAGCUAAAGAAAGCUUACCAUAGGGAAGUCAUAAUUCCUCUUAAACACGUACACGCAAAAGAAGCUCCUUUGUUUUUGUUAACAUUAUUUGGAUCGGCUGACGAUAUGAGUUAGCUAGUCUUGGCAGGUCAUAACACUGGGAUUACCUCGGUGAAAAUGGAGCGAGAGUUUGAGGACAUAGAGUCGGAGGGCCGGUGGCACAAAUUGUACAUGGAAAUCCGAUGUCAGUCACAUGAGUGCUCCUAUAAAGUAGCCAAGUAUCCUGAGAAUCGCAGCCGCAACAGAUACAGAGACGUCAGCCCAUUUGACCAUAGCCGUGUGAAGCUGAAAAACGCAGACAACGACUACAUCAACGCCAGCCUGGUGGUGAUGGAGGAAGCACAGAGACGAUACAUAUUGACUCAGGGUCCCCUCAGGAACACGUGUGGCCACUUCUGGCUCAUGAUCUGGGAGCAAAAGACCAAAGCCAUUGUUAUGCUUAAUCGGGUGAUUGAGAAAGGCUCGGAAAAGUGCGCUCAGUACUGGCCUGUGACCGAGGAGCGUGAGAUGGCCUUCAGAGACACGCGGUUCUUGGUCACGCGGCUGUCAGAAGAAGUCAAGUCUUGCUACACCACCAGAGUGUUGGAGCUGCAGAACAUUAGCACUGGGGAGAAGCGGGAGAUUCACCACUUUCACUACACAUCGUGGCCCGACUUCGGCGUGCCCGAGUCACCUGCGUCUUUCCUCAACUUCCUGUUAAAGGUGCGCGACUCAGGGGCACUGGGGGCAGACAACGGCCCAGCCGUGGUCCACUGCAGCGCGGGCAUCGGACGCUCGGGGACGUUCUCGCUGGUGGACACGUGUCUCGUGCUGAUGGAGAGAAGGAAAGAAGAGUCGCCAUUGGACAUCCGCAGGAUCCUGUUAGACAUGCGGAAGUACCGCAUGGGUCUCAUACAGACACCUGACCAGCUGCGCUUCUCCUUCAUGGCUGUCCUUGAGGGAGCAAAGUGCAUCAUGGGAGACUCGUCCGCGCAGACUCAGUGGCGAGAGUCGGCCCGGGAAGACCAGGAGCCCACCGCCGACCCGCCGGAGAAAUGCAACGGCGGCCAGCGGGCGGGACUGCCUGGCAAGGAAGACGACUACAGACAUGACGCCGAGAAGCCGAGCCAGUCGCCUGACCAGGACAACAACACACACAAACGACGCAGGGAUGACAGAUUCUCCAUAGCUCAAAGCCAAAGGAUCAACGACGCCGACAGAAAGCGGAAAAGUUUGGGCUGCAUUUGCUGCUCGUGACCCAGCACCCUCAGUUUUACGGUUUACAAAUAGCUCCUGAUCUC